AUGCCUCCUGGUGUCCGGGCUCACCGUCGUCACACCCUUGUUCUUGGUGUUGGACUCCAACGUCGGCAGCUGGAGACUUUGGGGUCACCAUCACCCUCCAACUUGUUCCUACCCAUGUUCAAAAUGCAUCAUAUAUGCCGCGGCACCUCCAGCAGUGCCCGGUUCGGUGUCGCUGCUGGGCACCUCUCCGCGACUUCGCAUGGGGCCUACUGGACGAGGCAAAGAGUCAAGUUGCACGAGGCGGUGGGCAUCGUCGAGACAAUGCAGAGAGGACUUGUGGAAAGGCUGGUUGGUUCAACAGGGUCAUCAAUCCUACCCUACCCGACCAACACCGGAACAGGACACACAGAAGCUGGUGACGAUGAGAACGAUGAGAACGAACAGGACCAUGACAAGGGAAAACGGGCAUCAAAGUCGUCGAACAUCCCGAAGCUAAUCCGAUAG